AUGACGGACGCUUUAGCAUCACAACUCAACAAGACCUCGUUGAACGAUGGCGCCGAUGACUCGACCUGGAAAGACUCACUCAAGCUCCCCGCAAAAGACACCAGACAACAGACUGAAGAUGUGACGGCAACCAAAGGCCUGGAAUUUGAGGACUUCUACAUUAAGCGGGAAUUAAUGAUGGGCAUAUUUGAAGCCGGGUUCGAAAAGCCCUCCCCCAUUCAAGAAGAGACCAUUCCCGUAGCCCUCACUGGUCGAGAUAUCCUGGCUCGAGCAAAGAAUGGAACAGGCAAGACGGCCGCCUUUGUUAUUCCUACCCUCGAACGAAUCAACCCCAAAAACCCCAAGACGCAGGCACUUAUCCUGGUGCCCACUCGGGAACUGGCCCUUCAAACAUCACAAGUCUGCAAGACACUCGGAAAGCACCUAGGUAUCAAUGUCAUGGUCACGACGGGUGGCACGGGACUAAAAGAUGAUAUUCUGAGGUUAGGAGAGACAGUACAUAUCAUUGUCGGCACACCGGGCAGGAUUCUUGAUCUCGCGAGCAAGGGCGUUGCAGAUCUGUCUGAAUGUCCCAUCUUUGUCAUGGACGAAGCCGACAAGCUUCUGUCGCCAGAGUUUACCGUCGUCAUCGAGCAGCUGCUCUCCUUCCACCCCAAAGACCGUCAGGUCAUGCUUUUCAGCGCCACUUUCCCCAUGAUUGUCAAGACCUUCAAGGACAAGCACAUGCGCAAUCCCUAUGAGAUCAACCUCAUGGACGAGCUCACCCUCCGCGGUAUCACUCAGUACUAUGCCUUUGUUGAAGAGAAACAGAAGGUCCAUUGUCUGAACACCUUGUUUUCCAAACUCCAGAUUAACCAGUCCAUCAUCUUCUGCAACUCGACCAACCGAGUCGAACUCUUGGCGAAGAAGAUCACCGAACUCGGCUACUCCUGCUUCUACUCUCACGCCAAAAUGCUGCAACAGAAUCGCAACAAGGUCUUCCACGAUUUCCGCGCCGGAGUCAGCCGGAAUCUGGUGUGCUCGGAUCUCCUCACUCGAGGUAUCGACAUCCAGGCUGUCAAUGUCGUGAUCAACUUUGACUUCCCCAAGAACGCAGAGACGUACCUUCAUCGUAUCGGUCGGUCUGGCCGGUUUGGUCACCGUGGUCUGGCUAUCAACCUGAUCAAUUGGGACGACCGUUACAAUCUGUACAAGAUCGAACAAGAACUGGGCACCGAGAUCCAGCCGAUUCCUCCGUCUAUCGACAAGAGUCUGUAUGUGUACGACAAUCCAGAAAACAUUCCUCGUGCGUUGCCUCCGCCUGCUCCGGCUGCCAGACCGAACACGUCAACUACACCUACGAAUCAGCACGCCACCAAUGCCAACGGUCAAUACCCGCAAUUUAGGAAGCCACAGAACCAGUUCAAUGGCUUUCCGCAGCAGUACAACAAUAACAACAACCAAGGACGUGGUGGAUACCGAGGUCGGGGUCGUGGUCAGGGUGCUCGAGGGCGCGGAGGCCACCCUCCACAGGCGGCGGCCGUGGGCCAAACCGCUCAGUAA